AUUUCUCUUUUAAUUUUAAUUCUGUAAAGUUAUGUAUUUAGAAACCUUGUGUUAUACAUAAAGCUUUAAUUUAAAGAAAAUAUUAUUCAGAUUAAGUAGUGAUGGAGGAAAUUAUGUACGAAUUUGGUGAUUACUCUGUUGAUCAUAGUUUGGAGGCGUCGGAAUAUUUUGAAUGGACGUCGCCGGCGUCUGUUCCGAUGGAAUAUUAUGGAUCGGCCGGAAACAUUAUGUCGUGGGAAUCUGCUAAUUUACAAGAAGAAGAACAUCAAAAGAAUAUUAUUCGUGCAAAGAUCUCUUCUCAUCCUUUCUACCCUAAGCUUCUUCUAACUUACAUCGACUGUUAUAAGGUGGCCGGUGCACCACCAGAGCUUGUGAAUAUGUUGGACAAUAUUGUCCAAGAAAAUGAUCUUUGUAGGAUAUCAAGUAGCAGUAGCACUGCCUUAAAUCGACCAAACACCGACGAUUCUGAGCUAGAUGAUUUCAUGGUAACUUAUUGUGAUGUGUUGGGUAAGUUCAAGUUGGAUCUGGGAAGGUCUUUCAAUGAAGCAACUACUUUUCUUAAUGAUAUUCAAACUCAACUUACCAAUCUCUCCACUACAACAAAUAUCUCAGAAUUGGUUGGGGAGGCGGAGGAGGAGGAGGAUGGUGAUAGAAUUGGUGGUGGUGGCGGGGAGGCUAAUAAGGUUGAUGAAAUAUGCAGAUCAGGAAGUGAAAUAAAGAAUAAAUUAAUGGGAAAGUACAGUGGAUAUAUAAGUAGUCUAAAGCAUAAUUUUUGCAAGAAGAAUAACAAGGGAAAGCUCCCAAGAGAAGCAACGCAAAUUUUGCGUAACUGGUGGACUACUCACUACAAUUGGCCUUAUCCUACGGAAGUUGACAAAGUAAGUUUAGCAGAAUCAACAGGUUUAGAUCCAAAACAGAUUAACAAUUGGUUCAUAAAUCAGCGCAAACGUCACUGGAAACCUUCAGAAAACAUGCAAUUUGCUGUUAUGGAAACCAUAUAUGGUCACUUUUCUUAAUAAUUUUUAGUACAGGGGCGGAGCUACAAUCUAAUACAGGGUUCGAGCGAAUCCUCCUAUAAUUGUAC